AUGGAUUUGCGAUUGAUGGAAAUGACUAGGUGGAAAGAGCAUAAUGAAAAUCACCAUCAGUUUGUGUAUAAUUAUAAUGGAAACGUACCCAGUAGAGGGUAUAGCCAAAUGAUGAUGUCAUCUUCUGUAUCAUCAUCAUCAUCUCCUUCAACAGUUGCAUACAUUCAGCACCCUAUUUCAAAGUUGGACACGCUAGCUGGCAUCGCAAUCAAAUAUGGUGUUGAGGUUGCGGAGAUAAAAAAGAUGAAUGGAUUAGUUACUGAAAGUCAAAUGUUUGCUCUUAAGAUUCUCCACAUUCCACCACAUGGAAGGCACCCUCCGUCUACUACAGGACAAGAUAACCCCGACCACAGUCCAACUGAUAAUGCACGCGGUGAACCGCUUGAAUCAUUCCAGUCCCUGAGAAGGAAGUCCUCCGAGCAGAAACUCUCCCCAGCCAUUAGUUCUUUACAGAAUUACUACGGAACUAAACCAACAAUGAAGAAAUCCAUAUCUGAAAUAUUCGACCUGGCAGAGAAAGGAAAAGGAGCUUCUAAUUCUUCAGAAAAUGGUUCAUUUUACUGUAGCAACUCACUAAAGUCCAACCGAUCUCUGAGUCGUUACCAUAAAUCUGAGGUUAACCUUAAGGCUAUUCCAGAGUUGAUCUUGAAGCAUGACAAUAGCACCAAUGGUGGGUUUUCAGCAAGAUCGGCAAAGGGCCUAGCUCAGAGGCAGAAAGCUGGUAGCCGACUUUCGUUGACAACUGACUAGAAUCAGGGGGUUUUAACACAGGUGCCAAUGAUUAU